AAAACAUUUAACCAUUGAUGCUGCUUUGUAACGGUUGACUUGAAGCUUGGCUUAAACAAAAGUGCAAAUAGAAACAGUGAAAAGUGUAGAUAAAGUAGAUAAAGUGAAGUAAACAGUGAAAUUACAACAGAGAGAUUUUUGCAUAGUGAAAACUAUAUAUAGAAAAAUAACUGUUAAACAGAAAGAAUUUCAGAGAAUUAUUAUAAAAAAUUUUAUUUUCUAAAAUGAAAACACCACAUUUGUUGCUCACAUUCUUAGUGACGAUAGCUACCGUGGUACUAGUCAAUGCUCAGACAGGUCCAUACCCACAAAGACUUAAUAUACCAGGCGCCUUGCCAGUGCCCGCACGUAACCAAUAUCGUAGCGAAAAAUUAGCAGCAGCCGCUGUGCCAGUACGUGCACGUCGACCAGCUGCCCUGCGUGCACAACAAUCUUUGCCAGCUGUAACGCAACGCAUUGUUGAGGAAGCUAAGCCGGUGACAGAAUCUGAAGAGGAUGAACAACCUGAUGUAUAUUUACCACAACUGCUACGAGAACAACAACUGGCACAAGCUCAACAACAACAAUUUCAACAGACAGCAAAUGCUUUCUUAAGUGACGAUCCAAAUGGUAUACAAGAUUUACCAUUACAACAACGUGAUGAUCCAUUACCCUCAACACGCUUUCCAGAACGUUUACAGCCACAACCACAGCCAACAUCCCCACCAAGUUCACGUCCAGCAUUUGAAGAUUAUGGCAUUGGCGCUAACAUUGGAAAUGCACAACGUUUUGCCAUUGAACGCACACAGCCUAAUCCAGCACCGGCACCACAACAACGUGUGAAAGUCAUACGAACACGUCCUGCACCACCACGUCCACAAUAUGAGCCACAAAUUGUACAGGCACCAGUGCGACCACGACCAAAACCUAUACAGCCACGACCCAUUAUUGACCAAAAUCAAUUGGCGGAUGAACGUGAGGUACAUCAACCACGUCGUCAGCGUCCAGUUGUGCAAAAUAUACGCAAAUGGCGAGAGGAAAACGAAGAUGGCAGCAUUACUUGGGGUUAUGAAAAUGAUGAUGGUUCGUUCAAAGAGGAACUCAUCGGCACUGAUUGUAUAACAAAAGGUACAUAUGGCUACGUCGAUCCCGAUGGUAAUAAACGUGAAUAUCACUAUGAAACCGGCAUUAAAUGCGAUCCCAACAAUCGUGAAGCUGAAGAAGAGUUGGAGAAUGGUUUCAUCAAUUAUGAAGACAACAAAGCAGUAUUACCCAAUGGUAUUGAGAUCGAUAUGAACCAGUUGGGCAAGCGAAAGUCGAAACGGCCGAACGCAAUCUACAGAAACUAGACAGUCAAUAAUAAUAUGUAUAAUUUUUAUUUUAUAUCAAUUUUAAGCGCAAUUUAUGCACAAUUUUAUUUUUGUUGUAUUAUCUAUGUAUUUGGGCAUUGUUGAAAACUGUGCCAAUUACAAAUUAUCGAAUAAAAUUAAAAAUUAAUUUUUUAU